UUUCUGAAAUUGUACAAUACACCUUCAAUCUAUUUGCCUUUAUCCAAUGAAAAAUCUAUUGGAAAAGAUGUUUUUGAAGGUGCAUCAUGUGAAAACUUGACUUCAUCAAUAAAUAGUCUCCACAUUUCAGGUCAUGCAUCAAGUGAAUCUCUUAUUCCAAAAACCUAUGCAAGCAAACAAAUGCUAUUGUCUGUUAAUCCACCACUUGUAUGUAAUUUAUACCAUGAUGAAAAUCUGAAAUUAAAAGUGUUGAAUAGCAACCACAAAGAGCAAUGUUAUAGACGUUCCUAUUCUAUGGAUGAACAAAUGCCAUGGACAGAUAAAUUCAUUCACAACUCAAACAACAAUGCUAACUCUUCUGGUCCACAAAAGGCAAACAGUGAGAUUCUAACGCAGGACCAAAAUCACAACAACCAAACUACACAAUGCGCAACUUUCCGAGAGACAAGUGACCAAGGAAGGAAUGGAUUACCUUCUGAGACUUGUAAAAGUGCAGCAAAUCAGAGUGGUAAUAGCAGUCAACAAGAUGGCCACACAAUAGACCAUCUGAAUGUAGGCUUACAUACUCACUGUAGCAGCAAUAUUUCAUAUCAAGGGGAAAUGUUUAGCCCUAAUAGCCCUAGAGUUUUGAACAGUAGUGUCAGCUCCAGAGACCUGUCAUUCCCAUCUCAUGUUAAGGAGGUAGUCUUGAAAUCACAAACAGAAAUACUGAUUUCAAAAGAUAAUACCAAUUUAGUUUCUGGUAACGUAACAUGUGGGCCUUCAAUACUGUCUGUUAGAGAUGAAUUUGGUGCUGUUAAUCCUGCUUCAGAUAAAAUUCCUCACUUCAGCACUCAUCAAAACCAAGAGGAAACACAAACAAAAACAACUGAUCUAAGUGUUAGUGGAACUACAAUUAUGGCCACAUCUCCAGAUUAUGAAAAAAAAGCUACCUGUGAAAAGCAGGUGAUUAGUCUUGGUGUAAAUUAUGUGAGUGAUAGUUGUCACUCCAAAGGAAUCUCAUGUAUUAGUAAUAAAAAAACUAACAGGAACUACAGCUGUGACUCAAACUCUACAUCAAAUAAUCUGUACAGAUGUCCUAUUUUAAAUUGUAGCAUGCAUUUCUCAAAUCAAGAAUUAUUAUUAAAACAUCUUUCCACAAUGAAGCAUGCCCCUUGUCAUCCAAUGUCAACACUGAUCAAUGGGACCUUGUCAAACCAGAAACCUAAUUUUCUCUGUCCAUUGUGUGGUAGCAUAUUUUUGGUAAGUAAUGAAAUAACAUUUAUACGGAACCCUUGGGAUGAUUUUUUUCUUCAGGUUGUUUGGUUUCCUAAUGAUCCCAAAAUUGUUUAACUAGAAGAAACUUAUGUUAAGAAUUAAUAAAAUGUACAGAUAAAAGCAUGUAUUUAAACAUGUAAUCAAAAUCUCUUACAUUAAAAUUUUGCUUACAGGAAAAUAAUCUAAUGAGCAUUUAUUGGAUUGUGCAAAAAAAAUUACUGGAUCAAAGGAAAUGAAAAGCAAACUCUGUUUACUUCCUGCUUCUUAAGAACUUCUUUUUAAUUUUCUUAGGAUGAAGAUAAAUGCUUUGACCAUAUGUUGAGACAAAAUCACUUUCGUUUGAUGUCGCCUGUCUCCACCUUGGUCUUUUCCUGCCCUCAGUGUUUGUGCUUCUUUCAAAGUCUCAGCAAAACUUUGCAGCAUAUGGAUGAUUUAAAUCAUUACAACACAGCAUUUUCAUUUGAAGGUAAAACUUGUAUACAUUUAAUUGACAGUGAUUCUUUUCACUAAAUUAAGUUGUUCCGCCUGCAUUCUGCAUGCCAUGUCUAAUAUAAUUUUAAUAAUUAUGUGCAUAAGUGCAUAAGAUUUUGUUAUACAAGGGUCAGCCAAUGGCUGGCUAAUUUUUAUUUUGAUUGACUUGAUAAAAGUAGUGAAUUCAAUUAAUGAAUGAAUCAUAAAAAGCCUGUAAGUAGCACAAGAUUUUGAUUUACACAUUCUCUGCACUAAUUUUUAGCACAUUCAGAAUACUGACACUUGUAUUGUUUUUCGCUUCUGUGAUGCACAUUACUUUAUUCAGAGGACCAAUGAUGGACAUUAUUUUAAAAUAGAUAUCAUGCAAAAUCAAAAUUGUAUCAUUUUACUGCAGGCUUGGGAAUACUAAUUCUUUAACUGAUUUCUUUUAAAGCUGUCUUAAAAUUAUUAUUGUUUAAAAUUAUUAUUAUGAUUAUUUGGACUUAAAAUUAAUUUGAUUGUGCUGCAAUAUAUAGUAGAUUGUAGUCCAUACCCAGAACACUAAAUAAUGAUAAAAUUAAAUUAUUAUGCCUUGUGUCAAAAUGAUAAAAUGACACGAGAAAAGGUCCAGUCUAAGCACAAGGAUCUAGUUGCAAAUAGUGCUUGCGGUUGACACUGAAGAUAAAGGAAUGUCCUUGUGUUAUUUGCUUAUACAUUUCUGAUGUUAAUACAUCUGAGCCACUGUUACAUCUCACGCAUGUUGGAAUCCCAUGUGUAAGCAAUAACAACUUAACCUUUCUUCUCCUGCCACAAAAAAAAUUUUUUAAAAAGUGUUUGAUCUAAAAUCUCUUCUACAGUGGGAAUUAAAUUAUUCUCCGGCAGAAAUAGUCUAAAAACUUAAUCACAGUAUAGUCAAGCUAUCUUUAUUCUGUCAAUUUUUUACAAAAUAUUUAAAAUGAAUUAUAUCUGUGCAGGUGACCGAGAAAAUCUCAACAGAGCAUCCCCUAUACCUGUCCCAUACAGAUUGAUGAUUGAAUUGAUAGCAAGAUGUGAAAAAGUCACAUAUGUCUUGUAUUGUCAAGACUGUCAUAGUGUUCUAGAGUCGCCAGAUCAGCUGAAGGCUCAUCUCAACAAGUGCCACAUGGUUAUAUCAAAAUGCUGCAAAAGUGUUGUAAGUUUUUGGGCUAUAAAACUUAACCCAAAUUCUGCAAAAUGAGAAAAUGAGCAUAGGCUAAUGGGAUUGUCAGAUCAAAUAGUAGGUCUAUACAUGCAGCUUUAAAAAGAGUAUUUGCUGCUAAACUAACAAUUAUGGGCUUGUUGAUACUUCAUAAUAAUUUGAAAUUUUAAAUUAAAUUUAACACACAGAAACUUACACCUAAACAUUUGCUGCCCCCCCCCCCCCCCCCCCUCUCCCCUUUUUUUUUUGUUUUUUAAAGAUACAAAUUUUUGCUUUUCAGAAUUUAAGUCAAAAAUGAUAUUUAUUAGUUUUCUCACAGGCGGAUGUUUUCUCCUCACUGAUCACUGACCAAGCUUGUGCCGAAUGUCAUCAGUAUAUCUACCAAGGCUUGCCGGCAACAGGGCUCUGCAUACACACUGACUGCCCUCUACAAGGCCCCGUCCUUGCAUUGAGAGCCAGAAGCCUAAAAGAAUUUUUUCUUCGCUGCGGCAUCGCCGACAUUAACGUGGCCACUGAAAACAACCUUGACACUAGUCCAAAUACGUGUGCCUCUGUCUCUGAAACUUGUACAAGUAAUUACUCUGGCUCCGUUAAUGCAAAAGCCCACAGUUCCCAAUUUUAUGAUUAUAUGUUAGAGCAAUCAAACAGAAGUGCAAGCCUCCAUAGAUUUAAGAAAAAUGUUGAAUCUGACCAAUUGGAGCUGAGCUGUCUAACGCGGUCCAGCCCAGACAACCCAUGCCUAUCAAUAUCAGGACAGACAUUGGCAGCUGUAGCACUGACACCAGUGUCGUCUCAUAUUCUUCACAAUAAUGUUGCCUCUGCCUCUCUAUCCACUGACAAAGAGAUGCCUCCAACCAAAAAAACUGUACUCUGCCCCAGUAGUGAAGGCACAUCUCAGCAACAAGUGUUAAACUCCUCUAUUCAUGACCUCACUUCAGCCGUUGAGAGACGCUGCCCUUCUGCUGAUUAUCUACAAGCAACUUGCUCAAGUAACUUUUCCAAGCAAGCCUUUCCUUCGAAAUUGAAUCAAAUUUAUGAUUCGUCCUCAAGUGAUUCCACUUACAAGUGUUCACCAACUGAGUCUGAAACCAAUUGCGACCCCAGGGAGAAAAAUUCCAGCAGUGUGAAUAGUGUUGCGGCUGAUGAGGAUUCUUGUAGCUGCUCCAACUGCCAAUCAUCUUGUUCAAGUUCAAGCUGUUCUAGUGAAUCCAUGACAAGUUGUGAGAGUUUAACCGAUGUCGACGGAAAGAACCGUGAUGACAAACUUGCUGAGGCUUUUCAGUCAGUAUCUCAAAAUGUGAGGAAAGUCAGCAGCAGAUACCAGUGCAGUAUAUUUGAGAGGGAAUCUGAUGGAAGUCUUGAAAGUGAACACUACAUAGAUUACUAUGCAUCCUUGCACCAUAGCUCAAGAGGGCCGGAUAAAGUAAAUGAGAUUUAUGCUAAGGACAUGAGAAAACCUAUGAAUCCAGUUCGUGAAGCAACACCAUUGUUAAAUAAAGAUAGCCAGUAUUUUACAUCUGAGGCAGUAGUGAACAUUGAUGUUGAUUUAUUUUUAGGUGAAGAUCAGACAGCAUCACCUCAAGGUCAUAAUGUAAAGAAACAAACCCAAAAGCCUACCAGAACCAAAGCCUUGCAAAGAGAAAGUGACAUGGACACCGGGCAGUCUAAUGAUUCAGGCCUAUUUCAUUCUGAUUUGUUAAAAGAUAGCUCUGUUGCAGUGAUGAAACCUGCUUUGAAAAGAAGGCAAGAUGAAGACUUAGAAAUGCCUGAUGCCAAAAAGCUGAAGCCCGCCUUUGACGAAGGAAAACAUAUCCAAACCGACCGUGCUGCAUUCAAAACCACUGAGUCUUUGUAUAUGGUGGCCAGAGGUGAAGAAGAUGGUCCAGAGAGAGGUCCGUCUUUUUACACUAUUGAUAGAGAUAGUCAGUUCAAAAAGAGGACUAAUACCAGAACAAACUACACUGCUAACAGGAGAUAUGAUACACGCAACGGCUCAAAAAGAACAGGAGGUAUUAGCAAAGCGAGUCGUUGGAAGCAUCAGUUUAAGAAUAAACAACACUAUUGUACAAACAACAAAAUCAAUUCCUCUGAUAAAACUAUUUCUGGUAAGAUCAAGAAAAA